AUGGACUGGCAGGUGCAUCCUCCACCCAGACGCUCUAGCGCGCCGGUCCCCGGACACCCGUUGCAACGCAUUCAGGAUGAUGGUUGGCGCGUGUAUCUUCUUGGAUACGGUGUGCGUAAAGUUUGCAGUCAGUUGUGGGAAUUGAUGUUCGCUUGGUUCGAUAUGUGUGUGGGUGCACAGGAUAGGAAGAUGAAGGUACAUAAAUAUCUAUACAAGUAUACAAAUAGUAACAAAAUAAAUGUCCCUGAGUCAGAGCAGGAAUCGAUUACCACAGAAAACCCAUCAGAACAGCUAAGUGAAGAAGAAUUGAUAGCAGUUGUAAAUCAGUCAGCAGAAGAGGGCAUUGCUUUCUUCAGCAACCUCCUUGGCCUUACGUUUGGGGGAGGGGAAGGAGGUGACAACUCUACAGAAACAGCAACAAAUGAAGACAAUGCUACACCACCACCUUCAGUUGAAACAACAGCUCCAUCACCUGAGUAACACAGUGACAAAUUACACUUGUUGAUAAAAUCAAGUGGUUCUCCUGAAAGAACAAACAGUUGGAAAGUGGAUGUUUUAUUAUUUCAGUAUUUAUUUAUUUAUUAUUUAUUAUGGUCAGCUUGUGAAUUAUCCAUGAUCAAUUUCAAAUUAUAUUUCAUAUUGUAAUUUUAAGAAUUGUCAGUGGUUUGUAAAGUAAAUAUUUUUUUAAAAAAUGGUCUUACAGUUACUAUACAUUUAAUAAAGGAACUGAUGAUUUUUGUACUUUGAAAGAAACAAAUGAUAAUAGUUAAUGUAUAUAUUUUAAAAUUCGAAAAAUACAUACCAAAGGCAAUAUGAAUGUAACUGAUUGUUCCUAAAAGAAUAUUUGUGUCUGAAUUUACUUCAAACAGUAAAUAACAAGAGUAAAACUGAUGAGUAAACGUAGUGUAAUAAUGUAGUUCUCAGAAAUAAAUGUUUUUUUAAUGUAUGUACAAAUGGAAAAUAAAGCAAUAAGUUCCAUACACU